CUGGGCAAGCCUCUGCUGGCAUGGGAUCUAGUGCUGGGCACUGACCACAGCAGGCAGCGAAGGGUCAAGCAAGCUUUGGAGAAGAGAUGCCUGGCAAACAGUCAGAUGCGGAACAGGAGGAGACGGGGGCUGCCGAAAACGUAGCUGAGGAGGACCUAGGGGGCCUCACGGCAGAGGAGCUCCGGCAGGGCCAGGAGGCAGCCCUGGAGCUAGAGGACAUGAUGGCACUAAGUGCCCAGACCCUGGUCCAAGCCGAGGUGGAUGAGCUUUACCAGCAAGUGCGUACCCUGGGCCAGGGCCGCUUCGGCCGGGUCCUGCUGGUCACCCACCGUCAGAAAGGCACCACCCUGGCGCUGAAGCAACUCCCAAAGGCCUCGACCUCUCUCCGUGGCUUCCUGUAUGAGUUCUGCGUGGGCCUCUCCCUGGGCACGCAUUCAGCCAUAGUCACGGCCUACGGCAUUGGCAUCGAGUCGGCCGACUCCUACAGCUUCCUGACGGAGCCCAUCCUGUAUGGGGACCUCAUCACCUUCAUCCAGCCCAAGGUGGGCCUCCCGCAGCGGGCAGUCCAGCGCUGUGCAGCCCAGCUGGCCUCGGCCCUGGAGCACAUCCACUCCCGUGGCCUGGUGUACCGGGACAUCAAGCCUGAGAACGUGCUGGUGUGCGACCCAGCCUGCCAGUGGGUCAAGCUGACCGACUUCGGCCACACGAGGCCCCGUGGGACGCUGCUGCGCCUGGCUGGGCCACCCAUCCCUUACACGGCCCCUGAGCUCUGCUGUCCCCCGCCCCUCCCCGAGGGCCUGCCCAUCCAACCUGCCCUGGACGCUUGGGCACUGGGGGUCCUGCUGUUCUGCCUUCUCACCGGCUACUUCCCCUGGGACCAACCCCUGGCCAAGGCCGACCCCUUCUACGAGGACUUCCUCAUCUGGCAGGCAUCGGGCCAGCCCGAGGACCGUCCUCAGCCCUGGUUCGGCCUGACGCCUGUGGCCGACAGUCUCCUGUGGGGGCUGCUGGACCCUCACCCCCGGAAGAGGAGCCCGGUGAACUCCGUCCGGGGCUACCUGGGGCGCCCCUGGAGGCAGCAGGAGGAGGAAGCUGAAGAGGCAGAGGAAGGGGACAGAGAGGAGGGUGGAGGGGAAGGGGGACAGCCCGAGCCCACCUUGCCCGCGGAGACUCGGAAGGGGAACCAGGUGGGCCCCGCAUCCUGAGGUCACCUCUGCCUUCUUGUGGUGGCUUUUGGCUUCUCUCUUGCCCGUUUCCCCUUUCUGCCUUCCUUGCCUCCCACGUGGGCAUUCUGUGUCCCUCCCGUGGCCGGGGCGGGGGCUGAGACGGCCACGUGUCUGCCCCACUGUCCCCCUCUUCCCCAGGGCUCUGGCACCUACUGCUCGUCUUGCCCGCGGGCUUGUGGCCCCUGACCUCGCCUCCCGCACACCCUGGGGGCCUCCGCUGCCCUGCUCAGCGAGGCCUGCCCUCGGCGAGGCCCCCCGGCCCGUGUUCCUACCGCCGCCUCUCCUCUGCUCCCUUCCCUCCGGGAUUCUCCUCCCCUGUGAGCUGUCUGCUGAGGUCAGUGUGUCUCUUCUGCGUGUCCUGCUGGGGGGCGGGGGUCCCGCCCGUCCUGCGAGGUACCCCGCGUAACCGGAGCCGUCCUGGCCGAAGAUGUUUGCUCAAUAAAUGCCCGUCUG